AUGCAGGUGUCCUUCGCCUGCACCGAGCACAACCUCAAGAGUCGCAGCGAGGACCGACUUUGUGGCCUUCGCACCGCUCCGCCCCCUGGGGGCAGCAGCGGAGGAGUAGGAGGAGGUGGCGGCGGAGGAGGAGGCGGCGGAGGCGGUAGUGGCGGAGGAUCAGGCGCGGGAGGUGGCGGUGGAGGAGGAGGGAGCGGGCAGGAGCGCAAUGGCAACUACUCGUCCCAAGGGUCAGUCAAGGCCAGGGAGGGACCCGGGUCCCGACAGACCCCUCAGGGUCACGCGCACAUGAAGGAAGCUAUUGGGCGGCACACUAGUAUGAAGUACAGGAACCUCGGAAAAUCCGGCCUGCGUGUUUCCUGCCUCGGUUUAGGCACAUGGGUGACGUUUGGGUCGCAAAUAUCUGACGAGAUGGCAGAAAACCUGAUGACCUUAGCAUAUGAGAACGGAGUCAACCUAUUUGACACCGCAGAGGUUUACGCCUCAGGAAGAGCAGAGAUCACGCUGGGAAACAUUAUCAAGAAGAAAGGAUGGAGACGCUCAAGUUUUGUAAUCACUACAAAGAUCUACUGGGGAGGCCAAGCAGAGACUGAGAGAGGGCUCUCCAGAAAGCACAUCAUUGAAGGAUUAAGAGGAUCCUUAUCAAGACUUCAACUGGAUUAUGUAGACAUUGUCUUUGCCAACAGAAACGAUGUCAACAGUCCCAUGGAAGAGAUCGUGCGGGCCAUGACGUUUGUUAUAAACCAGGGCAUGGCCAUGUACUGGGGCACCUCACGCUGGAGUGCUAUGGAAAUCAUGGAAGCCUACUCAGUGGCCCGCCAGUUCAAUUUGAUACCACCUGUGUGCGAGCAGGCAGAGUAUCACUACUUUCAGAGGGAUAAAGUAGAAGUGCAGCUACCUGAGCUCUACCACAAGAUCGGUGUCGGCGCAAUGACCUGGUCACCACUGGCGUGUGGAUUAAUCACUGGCAAGUACAGCGACGGAGUACCAGAGUGCUCCAGAGCAGCAAUGAAGGGCUACCAGUGGCUGAGAGAGCGAGUGAACAGUGAGGAGGGGCGCAGGCAGCUAGCUAAAAUCAAGGAGCUCCACCUACUGGCAGACAGGCUGGGAUGCACCGCCGCACAGUUGGCCAUCGCAUGGUGUCUUCGCAGUGAAGGAGUCAGCUCGGUGCUGUUGGGGGUUUCAAAUACAGACCAGCUCUUGGAGAACCUCGGUGCACUGCGGAUUUUAUCCCAAAUGACCCCACAAACAGUCACAGAGAUGGACGCCGUGCUGGGAAACAAGCCACACUCAAAGAAGGAGUCUCGAGCUUGA